AUGUCUAACCACCUCGACGCACCAUUGUCGACGCAACCUGACUGGCAGGGACAGUAUUCGUACUUGGCCCCCGAAAGCAGCAUCUUCUCCCAACCGUACGAAGCCAGAAAUGAGAGCGCGGGUGCUUCGCAGCCGCGAUCUACCGCUGGUGGGCCUGGCGAGCUGGACGUCUCUGUGAAGCCGGAUGCAAGCUCGCCCGAAGCCCAUCCAAAGAGUCUAGAGGCCCUAUCACCAGUCAUCAAGCAACGAUCUCCCUCCGUGGAGCAGCCUGAACAACACCAGCUUGAGGCCUCGACACCAAAAGCAGCAACGUCUCCAGCACAGGAGCCUCACUCGAUGGCUCAGGACUCUUCCAGCUUUCCAAUGGCAUCGACGCAAGCAGCCUCUGCGGUCCAAAUGGGCCAAGAGCCGGCGAGCUCGUCCGUCCCAAUCACCAGCGAGGAAGAGACAGUCCUCCUGAAGGAAGAGGAUGAUGAUGUCUUUGACGACGAUGACAUGGAUGGCGACGAGAAUCCUCUUACCCACCAGCAGACUCGUUUUCUGAUGAGCGAGUUCGCAAAGCAGCCGCAUCCUGACGCAGCCCACAGGGAACGCUUGUCUCGAGAAAUCCCUGGUCUGAGUCCUCGACAGGUCCAGGUUUGGUUCCAGAACCGCCGUGCCAAGAUCAAGCGACUUACGGCGGAUGAUCGUGACCGCAUGAUCAAAAUGCGAGCAGUGCCUGACGACUUUGACAACGUGCAGGCUCUUCACUCACCAUACGGCGCGGUCCAUGCGCUUGGGGCCCCAAUGGCUUCACCUGUUGAGUUCGGCUCCUCUGCAUACACCGACCACAUGAUGAGACCUUUGAUGGUGGACGUGCGACGAAGCGAGGCAGAGGACCACAUGUCGCCCACCGGUCUGAGCCCAGCUUUUGGAAACAUCGGUUUCAGCGCCUCGGCUUCAUUAAGCAACUCUGAUAUACUGUCUCCCAUGUCCCCUACGGCCAACGACCACCGAUACGGAUACAGCAGUCACCUCUCGCCCACGAGUGCUGGGCACCGACCAACAAAUGCCUUUGGUCGACAGACCAGUCUCGACCAGUCCAUGAUGCAUGGCCGACAACACGCUCGUCCGCUUCAACCGCUCCAUCUUCGCGAGACGCUGUCAAGGUCACGCUCCGACAAUCUGCAGUCACCUCUCCGGUCCGGCAUGUCAUGGAAAGGAGACUCGAUAGAUUACACCACCUACGCCGGUGGCAGUUCUAGCCCACAGAUGAGCGGUCGUCAACAAUCAGUCUACCAGCCGGAACAACUGACUAGCGGCACCUCAGGCCCCAGCGGCAUCGGCUACGACUCGGCCUCGUAUUCCAGUCACGCUUCUCAGUCUCCGCCCAACAUCAACUACUCCAGCUACCAACCCUCCAGCUUGCAGUCCACUCAGAACAGACUGCGAAACAGAGCCUCCUCGGCGACAUUCCCCCUGGGGCUCGAUCUUCGCAACCAGUAUAGAUCCUCCUCGCUCCACUCUGCCAGCAGCCGCGACCUCUCCUCCGCCACAUCGCACUUCAGCGGCACCUCUGCACCGAGCUACACAGCGAGCUACCCCUCCGCACCCCUGACUGCACCCAUGGACUUUGCACUUCCCCGCACUCCCGGCACCGCAAGCGCCGGCCCCCGAUCGGGUGUCCACGACUACUCGAUGCCUCAGAUGAGCGCACCCAUUGCGCCUCCACAUGAUUUUGCCCAGGCGUUCCAAGGCGCCAGCGUUAGGACCCCAAUGCGAGACACUUUUACUGGUGGUCACCAGGCGACUGAGCACCGCAGCGAGUACGGCACAGAUUUUGGAUCUGAAUCGGCCUUGAAGAGGAAGAGAAGCUUCACCAUGCCUGGAGGCGGGCCAGCUUCUCGGCCUGGAGCAUACGGCAACUCGACCUGA